CUUGCAUUCUACUCCAUUGUUGUGGAUUCAACUGCAUUACUUCAAUGACUAUUCAAAACACUCACAGUUUUGUCUUCUUUGUGUUAUUGGGUAUAGGGAUAUGUUCUGCAGCCAGAACACUCCUACAUUAUGAAGAGCCCGUCCAUGUUCCUGCUGUCAGCUAUGGCACAGGCCAUGGCAGCGGUGGCGGUGGUGGAUCAGGGUAUGGAGGUGGUGGUGCUGCAGGUUAUGGUGGUGCCGGGGGAUAUGGUGGCGGAGGAGGUGCAGGAAGUGGUGGGGGUUAUGGAGCAGUAGGAGAACAUGGUGCUGCAGGCUAUGGAGGUGGUAGUGGUGGUGGAGAAGGCGGUGGCGUUGCCUAUGGAGGUGCUGGUGGACAUGGUGGUGGUGGUGGCGGCGGUAGUGGUGGCGGUGGUGCUUAUGGUACAGGGGGUGCUGGAGGAUAUGGAAGUGGGGGUGGUGAAGGAGGUGGUGCCGGCUAUGGUGCUGGUGGGGAACAUGGAGUGGGCGGUGGUGGAGGUGGCGGUACUGGUGGUGGCGGUGGCUCUGGAUAUGCUGGAGAGCAUGGCAGUGGUUAUGGAGGUGGAGCAGGUGGUGGAGCUGGCGGCGGCUAUGGGGCUGGUGGUGAACACGGCGGAGGCUAUGGAGGAGGUGGCGGACAUGGUGGGGGUGCCGGAGGAGGGUAUGUUGCUGGAGGAGCAAGUGGCGGUGGAGGAGGAGGUUCUGGUGGUGGCAGCGGCUAUGGAGGAGCACAUGGAGGUGCAUACAGAGGAGGUGGUGGGGCCGGUGAGGGCGGUGGCCAUGGGGGUUAUGUUCCUUGAGUUUCCCCUUAGCACUUGUUUGUCACUAAAAGCUUUACCUCUUCUUACCUAUAUUAAAUUAUUAAUAGUAUUAAAAAAGGAAAAAAAAUAAGAUAAAUGUGGGUAUAAGAGGAUUAUUAUAAUUUUGAGUAUAUGAAGAAUCCCAAUUCUAUGCUCCCAAAGAUUGUAUCUGUUGAUGAUUAAUAGGGAUUCUUGUUCUUCAUGAUAUAUUUAUGAAUGUUACGUACCAUUGUGCUGCGGGCAUUUGAAUAACAAUGACUGUUGUUUCUCAAA